CUGGGGCACUGCAGUGUGCAACGUGGACCAGCCCCUGCUCUCAGGGUGCUGGGGAGGCGGUGAACACACACAAGUAAACAGAUACAACUUCCGAUUAGGACAAGGGCUGCCAGGAAAAUCACUCAGUGCUGUAAAAGAAAGUGACAAGGGUUUGUAUACAUAAGGGAAGGCUAGGGGAGUGGCAUGUGAGUGGAGCCCCCAAGAUGUCCCCCCACACACACACACACUGGGAGAUCUUGUGGGUGAGACUGCACCAGGCAGAGGGCACUGCAAACGCAAAGGCUUGGGGGUGGGAAUGAAGUUAGGGGAGCUGAACAAAGGCUAUUGUGUCUCGAGCUCUUAGGCAGAAUGGGGGUGGGGGGGGUGGGCAGGAGAGGGGAUGGCAGGGACCAGCCAGACCUCAAACUUUUGGGCCCCGGAAAGUAGUGUAGGUUUUAUACUCCUUGGGCCAGUGAACCCUUGGAGAGUUUUGAGUGGGAAGCCACAGGAUCUGAUUUUUAAAAGCUCCUUUGACCUCCACAAGGACAUGGAAAGUAACUUCCCUUUCCUUCUGCCUCUGGGGAUGGCAAGGCGCCGGGAGCCUCCGAGGGUCUCUGUCCAGCCUGUGGGGAUCGCUUUGAGCCUGGCCAUCCCUGGGAGCCCACUCGAGGAGUGGCUCGGGCUUUUAAAUCUUCUCCCCACUUUGAAGCAGCCCUGGCCCACCCUGAGCAGCCCCCACCCAGAGCCCAUGGCCCCGUAGACGCUUCCACACGGAGCUUCCUGGGGGGUUCUGAGUUAGUCACAUUUUCUUCUCCGGAUUACAGCCCAAAAGGAAUCACCAGCCAGUGGGGAAGGGCAGCCAAGGAUGCAGUUUGCAUUUAAAUGAUUGCUUUUAUUUACAGGAUCGGGGCUGCUUUGCAUAUUCCUGUGCAAAGAGCUUGUGUUCUGGCAAUCCUAUUGACUAACCUCUGAGGGUUAUUAAAUUCCACGGCUCCCAAACAGGCUGGUGGUCUGGGCAGUGUUGGGAAAUGAAGACCGUGAGAUGGUGUAACUUGGAAAAGAUAACAGAGGUGCCUGCCCUCCUCUUUAGAGAAGGUGGGUUUAGGAGGCCUCUGACCUGCUGGGCACUGAGAGGGGACCCUGGGAUGGAGGAUGAAUGGCCUCCUUGGAGCCCUGAUGAUGGUGGCCAAGAUAAGGAAACUGAGGCAAGAAAGGUUAAGUCGGCUGCCUGGGGUCACAGGGUGCCAGCAAGUGGCAGGAGCGGGACUUGGAACCAGGGGAAGAUGAGAACCCAGCAAGCCCUCGCCUUCCUCCUGCUCUCUGUGAUCGCCUCCGGGGCCUCUGAGAACGCCAGCACGUCCCGGGGCUGCGGGCUGGAUCUCCUCCCUCAGUACGUGUCCCUGUGUGACCUGGACACCAUCUGGGGCAUCGUGGUGGAGGCGGUGGCCGGGGCGGGCGCCCUGAUCACACUGCUCCUGAUGCUGAUCCUGCUGGUGCGGCUGCCGUUCGUCAAGGACAAGGACAAGAAGGACCCCGUGGGCCUCCACUUCCUCUUCCUCCUGGGGACCCUGGGCCUCUUCGGGCUGACGUUCGCCUUCAUCAUCCGGGAGGACGAGACCAUCUGCUCGGUGCGCCGGUUCCUGUGGGGCGUGCUGUUCGCGCUCUGCUUCUCCUGCCUGCUGAGCCAGGCGUGGCGCCUCCGCAGGCUGGUGCGCCACGGCAAGAGCCCGUCGGGCCGGCAGCUGGUGGGCGCGGCGCUGUGCCUGAUGCUGGUGCAGGUCAUCAUUGCCGUGGAGUGGCUGGUGCUCACGGUGCUGCGCGACGCGAAGCCCGCCUGCGCCUACGAGCCCAUGGACUUCGUGAUGGCGCUCAUCUACGACAUGUUCCUGCUCGCCGCCGCCCUGGGGCUGGCCCUCUUCACGCUGUGCGGCAAGUUCAAGAAGUGGAAGCAGAACGGGGCCUGCCUGCUGGUCACGGCCGUGCUCUCCGUGCUCAUCUGGGUGGCCUGGGUGACCAUGUACCUGUUCGGCAACGCCGAGCUGCGGCAGGGCGACGCCUGGGGCGACCCCUCCUUGGCCAUCACGCUGGUGGCCAGCGGUUGGGUCUUCGUCAUCUUCCACGCCAUCCCUGAGAUCCACUGCACCAUCCUGCCGGCCCCGCAGGAAAACACGCCCAACUACUUCGACACGUCGCAGCCGAGGAUGCGGGAGACCGCCUUCGAGGAGGACGUGCAGCUGCCGCGGACCUACAUGGAGAACAAGGCCUUCUCCAUGGACGAGCACAACGCAGCGCUCCGGACAGCAGGAUUUCGCAAUGGCAGCUUGGGGAGCCGACCCAGCGCUCCGUUUAGAAGCAACGUCUAUCAGCCAACUGAGAUGGCCGUCGUGCUCAAUGGCGGGACUGAAAUGGUCGCCCACCCCCGCUCCCUGGAGUCCUUCGGCGCUCCCUGACCCCAGCUGUGACUCGGUCUGCGGGAGCCCCCUUGCAGAAGGGAUUAAGUCACACGACCAUUUCUAAGUUUUUGAUGGUCCAGCCGUGUACGCUGAGCUUGGCAUGAGCGGCUGCGAGUGGAAAGUCGCGCGUCGCCACCAUAAAAACGGAACCAGCGUGGAGCCAUGGGGAACCUCACUUAAUGAGACCUGUUCUUCCUUCUUUUCUUUUUUAAACCUCUGAUACGUUAUUGCGCUCUGGGUUUUGUUUUAUUUUGGCUUUAAGAUCAAGAGGGGGCCGAAAGCCCUCCCAAUAGGGGGCGGAGGCUCGGGCGAGUUGAGGGGGAUGGCAUAGAGAACUUAUUUUUCUAAUGACUUCACCUGAAAGGGACAAAGAGACACCUUUGCCAAGAGACUGUGGCAGCCAGCUGCCCCCACGGAGCUAAGUUUAAAUAUAAAAUUAAGUGGCACCUCUGUUUAAGAUCUAUGUGUGUGAACAAGACUGCUGGGGGUGGGGAAAGACCCAGAGAGAAGCACCUGUGAUCAAAAUACUUAAUUGUAAGCACAGACCUUUCCGUGUCCGCUUGUAAAAAUCACCCUGGGACUAUAACAGCCACUCUUGUCCCCCCUUUUAAUGGGAAGUGGGCAUUCUGUGCUGGAUUUCCCCACAGACGUGGAGGGCGGGAGUGAGGGGAUCAGAGCACCGACAGACAAGCCGCGAAGCGCUGUGUGUCUCCAGGGCUUCCCAGGCAGCUGUUAAAAGCUGGGGAUCCAGCGCUGCCCCCUGAGCAAGCGUGUGGGGUGGUUUUCUGGGUUGGCUGGAUUGAACCCCGACCUGAAAGGGAGCAUUGUGGCUUUUAUAAUCCUUGAUGCGACGAUUCUACCAGCUUACAGAAGUUCUCAGCAGGUGCUUUUCAUUCAUUGAUAAAGAGCUAAGGCUCGUUUUUGAUAGAUAAUAUAUAUUUAUUAAAUGUAUUAAUGCGUGUUUUAUAAUGUACCUUCAUCCUUCCCUGGCUGACUGUUGCAUACUUAUAAGAGAAAAAAAAAUCGUUACAGAAAUUUCGAGACAAUCAAUGUGUACCAUAAGUGACUGUAUAUAAAUAUUACAAAUCGAACAGGUUGUAAAGCAUGGGCAGAUAGGUUUUAUUUUCAAAAUGCUGUUCUUAACACAAAAAAUAAAGGCUUUACUAUCUA